ACAUCGCGUUACGUCACAUGCUGGUAAAUCCGUCUCGUCUCGUCGUGCGCCGAAUGGAUUGCGACCGGCUUGCUAAUAAAGCGGGACGCGGUCGGCGCGCGCUUGUGGAAUGACACUGUCGCGCGACAGCCAUCCGUCCAUCCGCGCAGCAGCUGAUGUUUGAUGGACACCGAGCGCGGAGCGGCUUGAUUUCUCAGCCGUGAAGGAUGAAAAACCACGAGUAUCAGCAAAUAGACCCUCAGGCACUCGUGACUCCUACCCCGACGCCUCCACCGCGACCUCUUCCCGAGCACAAGCCCAGACGAGCCCGGAGGAGAUGGGAGGUGUUUCCCGGGAAGAACCGCUUCUGCUGUGACGGUCGCAUGAUCGCGGCGCGUCAGAGCGGCGUGCUGCCGCUCACACUGGGACUCAUCCUGCUCACCAGCGGACUCUUCUUCAUAUUCGACUGCCCGUUCCUGGUGAAGCACCUCACCAGCUGCAUCCCGGCCAUCGGAGGGGUCCUGUUUGUGUUUGUGAUCAUCUCUCUCCUCCAGACCAGCUUCACGGAUCCGGGGAUUCUGCCCCGGGCCACACCAGAGGAGGCCGCAGACAUUGAGAAACAGAUCGACAACCCGACGGGCUCGUCCUCAUCCUACCGCCCCCCGCCGCGCACGAAGGAGGUCGUCAUCAAUCAGCAGGUGGUUAAACUCAAGUAUUGCUUCACCUGCAAGAUCUUCCGGCCGCCGCGCACCUCCCACUGCAGCCUGUGUGACAACUGUGUGGAGCGCUUCGAUCAUCACUGCCCCUGGGUCGGCAACUGUGUGGGGAAACGAAACUACCGCUUCUUCUACACCUUCAUCAUCUCGCUGUCUUUCCUCACGGCUUUCAUCUUCGGCUGUGUAACCACACACCUAACUCUAAGGUCGCAAGGAGGAAAUGGGCUUGUUUUUGCUCUCCAAGCGAGUCCUGCCAGUGCUCUUGAGUUAGUGGUCUGCUUCUUUUCAGUUUGGUCCAUUUUGGGCCUCUCAGGCUUCCAUACAUACCUGGUGGCUACAAAUCUUACUACCAAUGAGGAUAUUAAAGGUUCCUGGUCAGGGAAAAGUGGAAAUGAGGACGUUGGAAAUCCUUACAGUUACAACAGCAUUAUCAAAAACUGCUGUUCUGUGCUCUGUGGACCCAUGCCGCCCAGUUUGAUUGACAGGCGAGGCUUUGUGCCCUCCGAUGACUCGGUCCAGACCAGUCCUGUGGAAAUCGAACUCCCGGCUGCUAAAAACGACAUAAACAUGUGCACACAGGGAACCAAAGGUCUGCUGGAGACGGCCUCUCGAUCUCCUCUCCUCACAAGCUCCUGUCCGCAGGCCAAACCUCAAGCCGUCUUGGAGCCUCUACCAGAGAUCGUCCCGGAGCCGCCCAAGACCCCUCACAAACAUCACUCCCACCACAGAUCCAAGGCAAAACAAAGCGCUCAUCACACCCCCAAGACCUCCAACUCCUCUCCAAGACCCUAUCACAGCCACAGUUCAAGACGGAAAGACUCCAAGAACAGAGACCCAAAAUUCAGUUCUCUGCGCUGAGCAGUCGGACUCUGUCAACCAGCAUAUUGAUGCGUUUCUUGGAUUAUUUGAAUUUGUCCUCAUGAGAUUGAUUGAUUCAUAUGUUUCCAGAUCCAGGUUUAGUAAACUGGCGGCUGUAUUAUCAACCUGGAGAGCAAGUGUGAAGGAUGGACUUCCAUUAACAGAUUGAUGACUGGAAAACUGUGUAAAGUGUUUCCAUAAAGACAAGCACAAAGGUCUCAAAAGUGAACUGCAGAGCAAUUGCCUUUAAGACAAUUGUCAAUCUUAACAGUGAGUUCCAAAAUGAGCUUCAUCAGAACAGCAAUAAUGGAACAAGCACACUGGCGUCCUCGAUCUGGACUUGAACUCUGGGAUACAUUUCUCUGGCCUCUUUUAGGUCUGUUGGAGAUGCAUCGGUCAAGCUUCAAUAAGCAAAGAACCAAUCUUCUUUAUGCAAAAAACAAGAGCAUGCCUGGAGAAUAUAGCUCACAAUCAUUCUUCAUCCAUCAUAGGGUUGCAUGUUGAAUCGUAUUUUAAUCGUGAUCACGAUUUCUGAUUCUCUAGAUUUUUUUUAAAGCAUUUUUUAAAAGUCUGUGAUAUUUGCCCACUGGUAAUUUGAGUUUAUUUAGUCAUUUGCGUUACCUUGCAUUGGUAUCAAGCCUCCACAAGCAUUCGUGGUUGCGGUUGCCAGAUGUCAAGAGUUCAAAUCCCCCCAAUGAUAGCUAUUUUUUCAUGAAUUGAUAAAUCUUCUUCUCAGCUGGUUUGCUUAGUGUUGCCAACUUAGUGACUUUAUUGCUAUAUUUAGCAACUUUUCUGACCUUAGCCUUUUUUGUUUAUUUUUAUUUUUUAAGUGACCAACAACAAAUCUAGCGACUUUUUGGACAAUCUUUAGCUACUUUCCACUGAAAAUAGUGGGCAACACUUAUCUUCCCAACCUGGCAACCAUUUGCACACGCUCUUUCUGCAUUAUAGAAAAAGCGCAGAUGAGCGGAAAACACCGGCAAACAUGUAAAUAGGAGUUUAGGGAUCUCUUUUGAGAGAUUCUGCUCAAAUUAAAAUGUAAUACAGCCAGUCUGUUUUCUUUCACCCAAUCAUUUGCGCUGUUGACUAAAUCAAGUAAACCACAUGAGUUGACAUUCUCUUGAUUUGUGCUUAAGUGAAAGUGCAAUAAUUCUGAUGAAAUGUAAAGAAGAGAAAAUGACAAAAAUCGUGAGUAGUGAUCAACCGUUUAACCACUAUCAUGCAGCCCUGAUCCAUCAUGUUGAACAAGAAUCUACUCACCAGUAAUUCAUUAUAUUCUCAAAGGACUUCAGCAUGAUUUUGUAACAUAUUGUGUUUGAACAUGGUAUUAAGUGUGCACAAGUACUUGCUAAUGUGGAUGAGAUGAUGCCUCCAAGUCCCCUGAUCACCGUGUUGAAGAUCUAGUUGAAAAGUUAACCGGUUAAUCUGAGUGUUUCUCUCUAAACCUCAUCACGUCUGCUGUUCUUCACAUUGCAUUCCUGACACACUGCUGUCUAUCAGUAAUUAGUAAUGGAACAGUCUUAAUGCACUAACUCUCAAUGCAGCAAUACUGCAAUGUUUUAGUUCUUGUAUGCGUGGACACUUUGUGUUUGAAUGAACGGGGAUGUGGGUGUUGUGUUGUUAUCCAGGUUUUUACUUAAUAUGCAAACUGAAUGUUAUUUAUGAAUGCUGAAAUCGCUCCUCUGUUUCUCAAGACCUCUGCAACAUUUGCACAAAUAAAUACAAAGAACUA